GGCGGGGCUGGGGGCGGGGCGGGGCGGGGCUGCAGGAGCCCGAGCAGACCGCGCGCCCCGCGCCCCGCGCCCCGCGCCGCCGCCGCCAUGGGGGCCUGUCUGGGCGCCUGCUCCCUGCUCAGCUGCGCGUCCUGCCUCUGCGGCUCUGCCCCCUGCAUCCUGUGCGCCUGCUGCCCCGCCAGCCGCAACUCCACCGUGAGCCGCCUGAUCUUUACCGUCUUCCUCUUCCUGGGGGUGCUGGUGUCCAUCAUCAUGCUGAGUCCCGGCGUGGAGAGUCAGCUCUACAAGCUGCCUUGGGUGUGUGAGGACGGGGUCGGGACCCCCGUCGGCCUGCAGGGCCACAUCGACUGUGGCUCCCUGCUCGGCUACCGCGCCGUCUACCGCAUGUCCUUCGCCACGGCCGCCUUUUUCUUCCUUUUCACCCUGCUCAUGAUCUGCGUGCGCAGCAGCCGGGACCCCAGGGCAGCCAUCCAGAACGGGUUUUGGUUCUUUAAGUUCCUGGUCCUGGUGGGCAUCACUGUGGGCGCCUUCUACAUCCCUGAUGGCUCUUUCUCCAACAUCUGGUUCUACUUUGGCGUGGUGGGCUCCUUCCUCUUCAUCCUCAUCCAGUUGGUGCUGUUCAUCGACUUUGCACACUCCUGGAACCAGCGGUGGCUGGGCAAGGCCGAGGAAUGCGACUCACGCGCCUGGUAUGCAGGCCUCUUCUUCUUCACGCUCCUCUUCUAUGCGCUGUCCAUCGUGGGGGUGACGCUGCUGUUUGUCUUCUACGCCCGGCCCGGCGCCUGCCACGAGGGCAAGGUCUUCAUCAGCCUCAACCUCACCUUCUGCGUCUGCGUCUCCAUCAUCGCCGUCCUGCCCAAGGUCCAGGAGGCCCAGCCCAACUCGGGUCUGCUGCAGGCCUCGGUCGUCACACUCUACACCAUAUUUGUCACCUGGCUGGCCCUGUCAAAUGUCCCCGACCAGAAAUGCAACCCCCACCUGCUGACCCACUUGAGCAACGGGACGUUCCUGGCAGGCCCCGAGGGCUAUGAGACCCACUGGUGGGAUGCGCCGAGCAUCGUGGGUCUCGUCGUCUUCAUCCUGUGCACCUUCUUCAUCAGCGUGCGCUCCUCAGACCACCGGCAGGUGAACAGCCUGAUGCAGACAGAGGACAGCCCGCCCAUGCUGGAGGCCACGCAGCAGCAGCAGGUGGCCUGCGAGGGCCGGGCCUUCGACAACGAGCAGGAUGGCGUCACCUACAGCUACUCCUUCUUCCACUUCUGCCUGGUGCUCGCCUCCCUGCACAUCAUGAUGACACUCACCAACUGGUACAAGCCUGGCGAGACCCGGAAGAUGGUCAGCACGUGGACCGCCGUGUGGGUGAAGAUCGGUGCCAGCUGGGCGGGGCUGCUCCUCUACCUGUGGACGCUGGUAGCUCCCCUCCUCCUGCCCAACCGGGACUUCAGCUGAGGCAGCCCUACAGCCGCCCACCCCGUGCCUCGGGGCUCAGUGACGGUCAGCGGCCUGAGCCCCCCAGGACUUGCCCGGAGCUGGGCUCUCUGUUCCUAGUGCCUUCAGGGAGGAGGAGCGUCGGGCCCUCGCCUGAGCCCCAGACCAAGGAGCUGCCUCUUCCCUACCCUCGCCCCCAGUCGCCCGCUCUCACUCUCUUGGGGAAAAAGGGCCCCUUGUUCUCAGGCUCCGGGAGAGGGUCCUGAGGAGAGAAACGCCCAGAGCCACUCAGAGCAGGAGUGCUCCCCACCAUGGGUGCCAGCACUGAGCCUGGUGUUCUGGACCACGUCCCCCAGGGCGCCCCGCCCCCUCCCCAACACCGUGCCUUGCUGGUCUCUGAGACUCUGCCCAAUAAACAAGCCAGUGUGCCUGC